AUGUACUUUCUUCAGGCCAUGACAGUGCAACGAUCGUCCAGCCGAAUCGAGGAACCGGAAGUGUCUCUAUUGCCACAACCUGGGUCUCCGCCCACGACAACCCAUCACACGGAGACACAAGCUGCACCCACGGGAACAUCUUUUUGUUGCACCAGUCUGUGUGUGAACGGAUCAGCCGGCGUUCGCGGUCGGCAUUUACCACCACCAUUUGCAAUCGACAUCGCCAUAAAGACGCCAAUUAUCGUCAGCACUGUGCGCGGCUUUGAUAAAUCAACCCCCACGGCGCCCACGAAGGCUACUAACGUCACCACCGGCGGCGAGAAAACC